UUUUAGGAAACUACAAGGGCAAAAUCGUAAAUAAAAUAUCAGAAGCGAAAUAAAAGUCCCAAUUAUCUGACCCAAAGCAGAGCCUCAUCCGCAAUUUAACUUUCUCUCUCUAAAACUCGACGCCUCUCUCUAGUUUAAACAGCUCUCAGAAGGAUAGAUGGCGGGAAAAGGAGGAAAGGGUUUAGUAGCUGGCAAAACAACUGCCGCGGCGGCAGCGGCUAGCAAGGAGAAGGAUAACAAGAAAAGGCCGAUUUCGAGGUCAUCUCGUGCUGGUCUUCAGUUUCCUGUUGGUCGAAUUCAUCGUCACCUGAAAACAAGGACUUCUGCUAAUGGGCGAGUUGGCGCCACUGCAGCUGUGUAUUCUGCUGCUAUCCUCGAGUACCUGACAGCAGAGGUACUCGAGUUAGCAGGAAAUGCUAGCAAAGAUCUAAAGGUGAAGAGAAUCACGCCUAGGCAUCUGCAGCUUGCCAUCCGUGGUGACGAGGAGCUUGACACUCUCAUCAAAGGAACAAUUGCUGGAGGUGGUGUUAUCCCCCAUAUUCACAAAUCCCUCAUUAACAAAACCACCAAGGAAUAAGUUCGUCACUUGUUAAAGCCAGUGUACUUGUCUAUGGCUCUGUUAGAUUGGUUUCCUGUUGACCAAUGCUAAAUCCUGUAAUUGUAGUUUUAGAGAUUCUUGGGUAUAUACCUUUAAGCGUAUGUACUCCUUCAGCUUAAACUAGAAAGGGCUUAAACUAGAAGGGAGUUAUUAGUUUGGAAUCUAUUAAAUUCUUGUUUGCUUAUGACCAGGUCAAUGUUAUGGAUUGUGUUUCUUUAA